AACACGUUGUUGCAUCCCUAAUGUGGCUAAAUUGUACACAUAGUUUUACAAAUACUGCAAAAUGAAUUUACGUAAAAUAAACGUUGUCACGAAACUUUAUUCAUUGCCUUUGCGUUUACAAUCUUCAACCGCUUCGACUGCGGAGCUGCCGGCUUCGAUCAUUAAUGAAAAUGUGGAGGAUAGCUCUGUGCUUGCACAGAAACUCAAUAAAUCUGGUCUACAAGAACAGCAUAAAAAUAUUGUAAUGGGUAUUUUGCCGUAUCGAGACGCUCAGUCUUGGAUACACUUGACCGAGAAAUAUCAGAGAAAAGUCUAUGGCCAGUACGGUGCUAAGAGCAACGUUAACCCAAAGAUCUGCUUUGAUUCGAGUGCAGAGAAAGAAGUUAUGCAACUGGAGGCUUUCCUUAAAGCACUGGAAAAGAACCGCCUUGAGAAAGCAGAGCAAAUCCAAAGAACCAAUGCCCGCGAUGAAGAUAUAGCAAAGAAACUGGAUAAGCUACAGCAGUGGAAAUCCGAUUUGAAUGCAAAGGUGGCCAAACGCGAGGCAGAGGCUGCUGCAGCGAUAAAGCGAAAGGAGCGAUUGGUGGAGGAGGUGCGCAGACAUUUUGGAUUCAAGGUGGAUACGCGUGAUGAGCGCUUCAAGGAGAUGCUGGAGCAAAAGGAGAAGGAAGACAAGAAGAAGCAAAAGGAAGCUAAGCGAAAGGCGAAGGAGGAAAAAAUGAUGGCAAAACUAGUGGAGAAAACAUCAUCCUAAGUUAACUAUAUCGAGAAAUAAACUAAACCAUCAUUAAUA